AUGUCCCAAUGGGGUGGAGGACCUCGAUCUCCCACCACGGACGACUUGAAAGAGCUGCCAGGACGACACGCAAAGGCGACGCCUCCCUCGCGGGAUCCUUCAGAGAUGGAGCGGACACGCAAACUCAACCUCGAUACCGAAACGUCCUCGCAGUCAAUACGCGGAUACCGAGCCGACGCUCAUGGCCAGGCCUCACCACACUCGCCGAGCACUCAGUCGCGAGCAAGAGCAGAGUCGAGGGCAAACACACGUCCCAACAGCAUGAUUCAGACGUAUAAUCCGCCGCAAAUGGAGUUGGCGGUUGACACGCCGCCCGAGCUCGCGCCUAUAUUCAGCUACCUGAACAGCCACAGCAACAAAUUGUAUCAGGAAGGUUACUUUCUGAAACUGCAUGAUUUGGACUCUAGUGGCAGACCCAGUCGAGACCGUACGUGGACGGAGUGCUUCGCGCAGCUCGUGGGCACGGUGUUGUCCUUGUGGGAUGCUGCGGCACUAGACGCGGCGGGCGAGGACGGCGAGGUCGUGCCAACCUUCAUCAACCUCAGCGACGCCUCGAUCAAAAUGAUCGAAUCACUUCCUAUGAAUGGCGCAGCUGGUGGUAGCCUUCAGAAUGUGCUCAGCUUGUCGACAGCAGCCAACAAUCGCUAUUUGUUGCACUUUAAUUCUCUGAAUUCUCUGACUCAAUGGACUGCAGGCAUCCGCCUUGCCAUGUUCGAGCAUUCGACUCUGCAGGAAGCCUAUACGGGGUCUUUGAUUGCAGGCAAAGGUCGAUACUUGAAUGGUAUCAAGCAGAUUAUGGAACGAUCACGAUUUGCCUACGACGACUGGGCCAGAGUUCGCUUCGGAGCUGGCACUCCCUGGCAGAGGUGCUGGUGUGUGAUCUCUCCACCAGACGAGAAGGAGUGGCAGAAGUCCCAGAAGACUCUGAAGAAGGGUGGUACAUAUGGCCGCGCCGAAUUGCCCAAGGGCGACAUCAAAUUCUACGAUACCAGGAAGAUCACGAAGAAGACGAAACCGAUCGCCACCAUUAGCGACGCCUAUGCUGCAUACGCCAUCUAUCCACAAUCGAAGCCACUGGUAGAACAAUCUACAUUAGUAAAGCUAGAGGGGCUGGUCACGAUACAUGGAGGUCAAGAGACUACUACUGAAGGCUUCGUCUUCGUCAUGCCAGAAGUGCAUGCUGCCGUGAGCGGCUUUGAGAUGAUGCUCAGGUGGUUGUUCCCUGUGUACGACACUUUCGCACUGUACGGCAGACCGUCCCGGCUUAUCGCAGAUACUUUAGACGCUCGGGGCUUGAUGUUCGCAAUGCCGAAAGACCGCCGUUACGGGUAUCUGGACAUUCUGGACGUCUCUGGCCUGAUACACGAGAAAGGCAGUCAGAAUUGGAGUGAGCGACAGUGGCGGAAAGAGAUGAGGAAGCUCACGUCUACUCGCAUGGCCACCGAGGUCGAAAAUGGAGCCCGUGGCGUGACUCCCAGACGCAACACCACAAGCCGCAAUUCACUGCCUCCGGGAAGAAGUGUCCUGCAGUUCCAGGACCAGGCUGGCACGCAUUCGACACCCGGCUCGCGAUCUGGUUCUCCACUUCCGACAAGAGGUGACCCACUGCAGCCGCCCAGGCGUACAGACUCUGCGCCACCUGUAACGUUGAAUGGAAGCCCCCACAAGCGCUCUGUAUCUGACGCACAUGGGUAUCGGAAGUAUAUGACCGAGACGCCUUCGAGACUGUCUUAUGAGCAGAGUGGGCGUGACGAGAACGAGCAGCCUCCGGUGCCACCAAUGCAUGGGGGUGUCCUUGCUGCGAACACUGGCGAGGCUCAGAGUCCCAUCGAAGAGGUCCGGUCCGACGACAGACUACUGACCAAGUCGCCUUACGAGCAAGUCGCUGCUGCUGGCUCGCCUUACCUGCCUCCGCCAGAACCCGUGGUUUCUCCUCCAGAGCUGCAGCACAACCCGCGUGGUCGUCCUGCCACGCAGCCGCACAUGCCACAUGAACUUCGACGCGCCCAGUCGAACGUAGAUGACGCCACUCUGCAUCAGAUGCAGGACGCCGUUCGCGGUUCUGAUGAGGGAGGCUAUGCAGGCGCACAAGGCCACGAGCAGACCCUUGCUUUUCGUGAUCCUCACCUUGGUCCUGCUAACCAGUCACAGGGCUAUGCUUCCAACGAAAGUCACGGAGCUGGACAGAAUCGUCUGGAAUCGAUACCAGGCUCGCCAUUCCAUGCAACUGAUGGCGAGUACUUUGACGCGCAAGAAAAGCCAUCGCUCGACAGUCUCGCUGCAGCAAGCAUGAACGAACAGCGGCCUGGUUUGAUCAAUAAUCGAUCAUCACAAAACGUGAAUCGAAAGCCGCUGCCAAACCGGCAAUUGCCACAGGUUCCAGUGGAAGGCCAAAACUCCCUUGCUCGUGGUGAACAUCAGGUGCGUGACACGGGCUCUCCUGGCUCACCCACAAGCUCAGCUAGCAGCUUUAUUGUUGAUCCGACUUUUGUUAACGAGGAUCUGCUAGAACGCGUAUUGAACGAUCCCAGCGACCGCACCAGCACGAUCGUUUCGACAGACACUCCAGAUUAUGCGAGCUCUGGUCGGCCAUCAAUGGAGGAGCGGAAGAAGGAAGAAGAGCAGCAGGAGAAAAAGGUGUCCGAGCGGCGUGGAAAGCUCAGGACUGUCGGUGACCCCAAUAUGGCCAUGGAGCAGGUGCGGGCGUUCGGUACAAGCAAGCUAGACACUUGGAACAAGGACAGAACCGAGCAAUCUUCAGAGAUUCCGACAGUCGAGUUUGGCCCAACAUAUACGUACAAGGUGCAUAGUAGACCCAAUACUAGUGGAACGAUGACUCCGGGCGACAUGGGGAAACGGCACCGAUCAAGAUCACGAGAUGAAUUGCGGCAUGGCUCAACAUCGAGACUCAGCGGCCAUCUCGACUCAGGAGACAGCCCUACCGAGAACAGGCGCACUUCAUAUUUUGGAGCAAGAACGCCAACACCCACCGGAAUAGAGGCUCGACAGCAGAGUGAACUGGCUGUGGGCAAAAGACAAAGCAUGAUGUGGGAACCCGGCACCGCUGCAGUCGGCACCACUCACCCAGGUCUUACACCGGACCAGUAUGUCCAGCUGAAGUACCAAGAAUCGCAACGGCCUCAGUACGCGCCGCAGCCACAGUACUCUCAGCGCCCGGACCCUCUAAGUACCUCGAUUGCCCAUGGACGACACGCGUCCACGAAUGAUGUAUCGCAGCUACGAAAGUCCAGGACCAAGACUCCGCCACCUUUCCGGCGUGCAGCUUCUGGAGACUGGUCGGCGCUCGCUGCGCCGCCUCAAAGGCCACUUUCGCGAAACCUGUUGAGAAGCUCUAGCGGAGGAGGGUUGCUUGCCAGCACACAGCCUGUCAAUCUGAGUGCUAGGGAGAGAACGCAAGUGUCUCGUUUGACAGGAGCUCCACUAGUCGACAUGAAUGUAAACGUGGGGAACAGGAACACGUUCGAUAAUGAAGGUCUUAUUGGCGCGCUUGCAGAUCGCGAGCGUGAAAAGGCUGCCUCCAGCCCCUACCGGAACAGCGUAGUGCAGGGCGCAGUUGCUACGACAUACCAACAACAGGCACAGGCCCAGCAGGCAGCUUUAAAAGCACAGCAGGAAAAACAGAAGCAAGCUCAAAUGGCAGCGCAGAAGGCGGCACAGACAGCUCACUUUAACCAGAUGGCACACGAGCGGGCGCAGAGAAUGGGUGUGAUUCCACCACAACAAGCAAUCUAUCAGCAGCAGAUGCCUGAUCUACUUCAACAUAGGCAGUCAUGGUCACCAGGCAUGAUGCAGCAGCAGAUGUUGCAGCAGCAAGCUCAGAUGCAGCAAAUGCAAAUGCUACAACAGGGCUUUGUUCAGCAGCAACCUCGGUCCAGCGUCCAUGGUGGACAGUACGUGCCACAGCCAGGCAUGAAUCCGCUACAGCAAUCAUAUGGGUAUGCACCCGUGCAACAACAGUCACAGAUGAGCGGGCAGCAGCAGUACUAUCAGCCAAGACGUUGA